AUGGCCUCUCUGCCAGUUCCGGAUGGCAUAGAUCUCAGCGAGUCCAGAGUUGCUAGCAUCAUUGGUGCUCUCAGUUGCACGUGGGCACUCGCAGCCAUCGCAGUUGCGCUUCGGUUUCUUGCCCGACGAAUACAAUCCAACAAGCUUUGGUUGGAGGACUGGCUGAUAACUGUUUCCUUGACCGCAGCAGCUGUGCACGUUUUUAUAAGCAUAGGAUACAUGAUACCGAAUGGUACCGGUGAACACAUUUGGGUAGCGCCAACCUCGGCGACAAGAGCGUGGGCAAUUGGUCUUUUCGUAUCAGAAGUAGCGUACACAGUGACGUUAUCAACAGUCAAGUGGUCGACAUUGGCGCUCUACUGGCGAAUAUUCAAUGCCCGUAAAAGCAUCAGAUAUUACAUCUGGGCUUUGGCCGGCAUCGUCUUAGCUUGGUUUAUUGCUGUUAUUCUCGUCACGAUCUUCCAAUGUCUCCCUGUUCAUGCCUUCUGGGCACGCUACGACACAGUCAACCCCCUGUCGUCUGAUCAAUACACAUGCGGUGUAGAUGUCAAGAUGUUCUUCAAGGGAAACUCUAUUCCCAAUAUUAUAACGGAUGCACUAGUUGUGUUAUUACCUAUCCCCUAUGUGUGGAAGCUACAGCUGCACAAAGCACAGAAGUUUGCCCUUGCAGGUAUUUUUGCGCUCGGCACUUUCGUUACCGUAGUCUCUAUGGCCCGGUUAAAUGUGAUUCUUUCAGUCGACCUCACAUCACCGGACAUUACCUGGAAUUUCAUCGACACCAUUAUCUGGACUAAUGUCGAAGCCAACACGGCUAUUAUCUGCGCCUGUCUCCCAUGCCUGAAACCGAUCCUCAACCUCGCGCUGAACGGCCGACUGAAAUCUUCAAUCAAACGGAGUGGCCAGAACUCAGGCGGACAAUACAUACUCAACGACCGUACGAAGCCCAGCACGGCAAAGGGAAGCAGUUAUCUAGGAGGCUCUGGUACUGGGGCGAUGCGAAAGGGGCUCGGCGGCGGCGGUGCCGAGGACGAGCGUCCUUUUACUCGACUGAGUGAACGUGAUUCUGAGCCAAGUAUUGAUGUCGCAAACGAUGACGGUGACAGUGGGCAUGAAAAAGAGCUUGCCGGCGAGGCAAUCGCUUUAGAAGCAGUCCUUAGAGUUUCACCGACGACUGCAGAUAAUGAGAAUGCUGCUGCACCAGCAGUACCAGUAGCACCGGCAUCGCUGGCUGCUGCGUCGUCACCAGCUCCUGCCGCCCUAACUGUGGCUGUAGAGGAUCCGGACCCAUCCACUGAUGGCUACGAAAGCGGUGGCGAUAGCAGGUCCAAUACCACGACUUCGCUAUUUUCAAGCUUCUUGGUCGAUGAUGCUGAGGCGGAGUGGUUGUACCCGGAUAACUCGAUUGGUUUUAUUCACCCGCGGCACAUGGCGCCUUUCAUCAAGGACUGGCCUAGGCUUUUGCGUCAAGCAUACAGAGUGUUGAAACCGGGCGGCUGGAUCAAGCUGCAAGAGCUGAGAUGGAGAUUUGCUUGCGAUGACGACACGACGACGCCUGACUACGCCCCGUCCAGAAUGACAAAUCUCAUCGAAGAAGGUCUCAGCAAGUUCGGCUCCGAGCUCUACGCAUCAGAGACCAACUCGGAACGUCUCAGAGCUGGUGGAUUCGUGACGAAAGUUCACAAUAUCAAAAAGGUGCCUUUGGGUAGGUGGCCCAAAGAUGACAACUUGAGAACCAUUGGUUUGUAUUCUCAGGUGGUCCUGUAUGAUGGACUGCAAGCUAUUACUAUGGGUCCUCUGACGAGAGGGCUGUGA